AUGCCGCUGCAUCGCAUUUUUCUUCGCUCUCUUCCUAUGCGAGGAUAUGGUAAACGUAAGGGUACUACAGAGGAUAGGUUGCCCACAAAGGUGCUAUGGAUGAGGAGGAUGAGAGUCCUUAGACGGUUGCUUCGCAAGUACAUGGAGUCUAAGAAGAUUGACAAACACAUGUACCAUGACAUGUACAUGAAGCUGAAGGGUAAUGUCUUCAAGAACAAGUGUGUGUUAAUGGAGAACAUUCACAAAACAAAGGCUGCAAAGACUAGGGAGAAGACUUUCUUAAAUCAAUUUGAGGCCAGGAGGGCAAAGAACAAAGCAUGCACGAAAAAAAAAUUUGCAAAGAGGGAGGAACGUUUGGCUCAGGGACUAGGGGAGAGGCCAGUACAACCUGCAGCAGCGGCUGCAGCCACCAUCCAAGCCCAGCCAACCCAGGAUCUAAGAAAAAAAAGAAGUGAGGAUGAUAUGAUACUAAUUACAAGAAAGAGUGAGGGUAAGAAUAAGAAAGUAGAUGCAGCUGCCAGAGAAGGGACAAUUGCUGGACAAGGUCAAGGACAAGCUGGUCUAACUAUGGGUUCUAGUGGUGUGGAUAGGGCAGCUAGUCUACAGACACAUGAUUUCCUUAUAUUAGACCCUCCUCAGUUCACUGGGUCAGACCCUAAUGAAGAUCCACAAGACUUUAUUGAUAAAAUUCAAAGGGAUUUGGAUGUUAUGCAUGUAUCUGGUAAAGAGAUAGUUGAGUUAACAACAUAUUGA